AUGGCCACCGACUUCCAAUCCUCCUUUUCCGCUAGUAUGCGACAGAGCAUGGCACCUGUUGGCCCCUCUGUCGCAAACCAAUUGCCCAAUAUCAACUUUGGCUUCGAUGAUCUGCGCGAUCGCAUGGCAAAGUUCACCGCUCGGUUCGAUGCCUUCAUUGAAGAAGGUCGUAAGCGGGUUCUCGAUGAGCGCAACCAAUUCCGCAUGAACGUUGCUGAGCUCCAAGAGGACCAACGGAUGAAGAAGCGAGACAUCGAAAUUAUCCAGGCCAAGACUUCAACGCACCAGCAGACAAUCGAAAAGGAAGAGGCCGAGACCCGCGAGAUGGAGACUGCUAUCAACUCUCUCGCCUCCCAACGCGACAACCACCUUUCUACUCGGGAAAGCCUCAAGGCAGAAAUUGCUCAGACCCAGGCCGAGAUCGAAGCCCGACUUUCCGCUCAGCGCGAGUACGCUCAGCAGCAACAAGCUCAAUCACGCUUCAACGUACCCGAGCUGGACUUUUGGAUCACCAACCUAUGUCUUAAGAUCGAGGGGGCUGGUCACGACGAUCGGCUCAAGUUUGUGUACACACAUAUUGACGAGAAAGAUUGGGAGCGCGAGGCUUGGUUUGAGCUGGUGACGAGCUCACGCGACUACGAUGUAAAGCAUUGCCGGCCCAAGCUUGAGAGAGAAAAGGUUGAAAAGGUUCUUGAUAAGCUCAAUGAAUCGAGAGAGUUGGUGGUUUUGCUCAAGGGGAUGAGAGAAUUGUUUGUGGAGGCUAUAAAGUCUUGA